AUGGGGACCACCACACUACUCAUCCUUGACAUCGAGAAAGGCACGGUCGACAUGCUCGGCAACACAGGAACAUACCUCCAGCGUCUCGGCUCAGCAGUGGCCGCAGCACGCAGCAACAAUAUCAAAAUCGUCCACGUUAUAACUGCGUUUCGAACUGGCUACCCAGAGUGCCACCCAUCGAACUCAUUGGUGCCCGCCAUGGCAGCAAUGGGGAAGUUCCAGGAAGGCGACUGGACUACUGAAAUCCACCCCGCCGUGGCACCCACCAAAGAUGAGGUGGUGAUCACCAAGCGACGCGUAUCGGCGUUCUUUGGUACUGAACUCGAGAUGAUCCUCCGCUGCUUCGACACCGAGCAACUUGUCGUGGCGGGCAUUGCUACCAGCGGUGCCGUCCUCUCCACCAUUCGACAUGCGUCUGAUCUGGACUACCGCAUUACCGUUCUGCGAGACCUUUGCAUGGACCGCGAUGAAGAAGUACACGAUCUGCUCAUGGACAAGGUCUUUAAGGGGAAGACGGAUGUGAUCACUGGACAGGAGUGGAUGGAGCGGAUCAGCGCCAAUUUGUCCGCUUAG